AAUGUGGUAAUCGUGUUGCACAAUUUAUCAAGGAAUUUCAACGGGCGCCACAUGCUUGUGUUUAUUUACCUUUUGUGCUAUUAAAUAAGUCCAUUUAAAAUGGCUUCGCUUUUUAUGCUGGACACAGCUGGCCAUAUAAUGCUCGCGCCGCGACUUUUUCUGACGAGCACACACCUGCUGAAGCGAUACACCUGCAAAAUAAGCGCAGCAGUCGAGCCGGCAGUACUUGCCGACUUGGAGCAAGCGGCGAUCAAACCGAGGAAACAUCCCGGCAUUAUAAAACCCAACUUCAUCGAGCUACCCAAGCAACUGAGCGACACGUUAAAACGCAUUGUGGGCGAUCAUCCUGUGAAAAAAGUUCUGCGCGACAGUGAGCUGCUCAAUCGUUAUAUAAAAGCGCGCCAUCCGCCGCCAACGCCGUUGGAAAUCGAAAAUAAGAAACGACUGAUUAUAGAAGAGAUCAAUGCAAAGAUGCCAUUGGAACGGCUUGCCACGCUCAGCGAGGAGGAGGCGGCGCGUUGGCAGCGAAAGCGUGAAUUAGAGAUUAAUAGGCGUUUGGGUCAGCGCACAUACGCUUGGAAACCCAUCGAAUACGGCACCUACGAAGCUAUCGUCUAUGCCGUGGGCAGAGCGGCCCAGGAGUAUGCGGUAAUGAAGCGCGUGCUCUCCGAAAUUCAAUUGCGCGAUGAACACUUCAAGCCGCGCAGCUACAUCGAUUUUGGCUCAGGCAUCGGUACCGGCAUGUGGGCGGCUAGUGAACUGUGGCGUGACAGCAUCUUUGAGUAUUACAAUGUGGAUCGAUCAAGGGAGAUGAACGAACUAUCUGAGCUCAUCUUACAGCAGGGACAAGAGAAUAAACAGAUUGCGUUGCGCAAUGUUUUCUAUAGACAAUUUUUGCCCGCCAUCGAUACAAAAUAUGAUUUAGUUAUUAUUUCACACACAUUAUUCGAGCUGCCCGACAAGCAGCACCGCCAGGAGGCUCUUUUAAAUCUGUGGCGCAAAUGCGAUGGCUACAUGGUGAUCGUGGAGGAGGGCACACGCAAAGGCAGUGAGCUAGUCAAUGAAGCUAGACGAUAUCUACUCCGUGCUGGCGAGGAGCAUGCCGGUCACACGCUGGCGCCAUGCCCGCACGAUUUGCGAUGUCCACGUCUUCGGGAUUUGGCAGAUCGUACGCCGUGCAACUUUGAAAUUGCCUAUACGCCACUGCGAAUUAGCAGCGAUUCAGUAGUGGAUCGUCGCACUUCUACGUAUAGCUAUGCAAUCUUAAAGAAGGGUCCCAUUACAGAUGCCACUCGCCAAUGGCCACGCAUUGUGCGUCCCACUUUGGUGCGUUCGAAGCAUGCGAUUUGUCGCGUUUGCACGGAAUCUGGCAAUUUGCAGGAGGUCAUCUUUACGGCAUCCAAGCACGGCAAAGCCGCCUACAGCUGUGCUCGAGUCAGUCGCUGGGGCGACCGUCUGCCAAUGGCCCUGGGCACGCCGCAAGCGAAGCAAAACAAAUCCAAACCGGAGCCAGCGGAACAAUCUGAACUGGCGUAACUCACAAUAGUGUUAAGGCAUUUUGUUGUUAACGAUACCCACGAUACUAAAUCGAUUGGCUUUAAAUAUAAAGCAAACAAUUUGUUGCUCUAAUUAAAUACAAACAAAUCGUUGCGCAGCGUAAA